AUGGAGGACGAUAAACGAUGUACUAAGUUUCCUCAAAGCUCCGAUUUAGCUUCGGGGUUUUUGGAAAGCCCUUUACUACAGAGCUCUCCACCUAGCACGGCAAGCAGGCUUCAAAAGCGCACUAAGCCCCCUCGUCUCCCAGUCGCUGUAAAACGGCCGGCGGAUAGCAUAGACGAAGUCUCUAAACGUCGAUCGAAUUUUAGCCAUGAAUGCUCUCCAUGGUCUAAGUACCAGAAACUCCAGCAAGAGUGCACAAAAGGCAGAACUUGCCUAGCAUACGAAAAGGCCUCUCCGAGUACCAUCGUGGCUAUCAAGGAAUAUAGUGAUGGUGUUGAUGGGACCACAACUAACUAUCUUCUUAAAACAUCACAUACCAAUCUCGUGAAUCUCCUAUGUGUGUUCGUUAGUGCAGGAUCACUGUAUUCUGUAUACGAAAGGAUGGACGUGAACUUGGACCAGCUGUUAUCUGCUGUAAAGUUGAAGGAACCCCAGAUUGCAUUUCUGUGCAAAGAAACCCUUCAAGGGCUUGCGUAUAUCCAUGAGGAACUCCACGUUCAUCAUGGGGAUAUAAAGCCUGCGAAUAUCUUUUUGACUCUAAGUGGGCAAGUCAAGAUUGGAAAUAUUGCACUCUCUCUGCUACGACAAGUCCACGAUAAUAAGGUCCAAGAUGUUAAGUCAAUUGGAAGGAUGAUUAAGGAGAUCAUUGAGCCGGGUGAUUUCAAGAAAAACCCUAGCUCCAUGGUUCUCAAAAAUGUGGACUAUGGAGGUGAUAGCAUCCGUACCUUUAUGGCUGCUACCCAAAGCUCUAAUCUGAGGAAUCUAUUGAAUGUAAGAUCCCCAGUCUUCGCUUUGUAUUUCUGA